UCCGUUGAGCAGAGCAGCAGUAUGGCCGACCAGAGCAGGCAAAUAAAACUCGCUGCAGCUAAGAAAAAGCUGAAGGAGUUUCAGCAGAAGAGCUCCCCUGCUAGUGUAGGAGGAGAAAAGUUUGGAGGAGGAGGAGGUGGUGGAGCCGGGGCCAAGAAGAAGAGGAAGGUGAAGGGGCUGAGCCAACAUGAUGCACCUUCAGCAGACAGAAACUCUCCAGACAAUACCUUUGCUGACGCUGAGGCCAUGGGGUUUUCAGUUCCCCAGCUGCUGGAGGACCCAAAGGCCGGGUCUGGUCGAGGCUCACCUGUGUCUAACUCUGCUAGCGCUAACACUACUACUAACCCUGAGUCUGUCAGUCACAACACUGACGUGCAGGACUAUCCUGAUACUAACGGCAACGAAAGUUUAACGGAGGAAAAGAGGCCAUUGUCUUCCACAGAGAGCCUGCGACAGCUCUCACAGCAGCUGAACGGCCUGGUUUCUGAGUCAUCUGCUGCGUAUGUGAAUGGGGACAGUGCAUCUUGUGGCAGUGAGAGAGAACUAGAGAGUCGGAACCAGGAGCUGGCAGCCGCCCUGGAGUCCAGCAACCUAACAAACUCUCAGCUCAAUACCAAGCUAGACCAGCUGGCACAGCAAUCUCAGGGGCUCUCAGAACAGCUGCAAAAGGAGCGAAGAGAAUUUGAACAGAGAUCUUCAAAAGAGCAGGGAGCCAUGCGGGAGCAAUUACAGGUUCACAUCCAGACCAUUGGUAUCCUGGUGUCAGAGAAAUCAGAGCUACAAACAGCACUACAAUACACACAACAGGCUGCACGGCAGAAAACAGCUGAGACAGAGGAGUUGAAUAGCCGUCUGCAGGCAACAAAGCAAAGAGUGUCAGAGCUGGAGAGAACUCUCUCAUCUGUCUCAACACAGCAGAAACAGUUUGAAAAGCACAACAAAGAGCUUGAAAAGGAGAGAGACAACUUGAGGCUAGAGAUGUUCAGACUAAACAAUUUGAGUGAAGAGUCAAAACAGCAGAACUCGGAGCUGUCAGAGCAGCUAAAGCUGAGUACACACGAGAAUGGAGCAAUGAGGCUGGAGGUGGAAGAUCUUCGCAAGAGGCUUGAGAUAGCUGACCUCAUGUUGCAACAGUGCUCCAGUCAGUCAGAUCCCAACAGUGCCAACCAGCAGGUCCAAUUACUGCUGGAAGAGAAGCAGCAGCUAGAGGCACACAAUCACCAGCUGGUAGAGUCAAUUGCCCAGCUGCAGACGGAGAGGGACUGCUACGCAGAGCAGAUCCAGGAGGAGGGCCGUGUGUGGAAGGACAAAACAGAACAGCUGCUAACACAGGUGUCUUUAGUUGCAGAGGAGAGGGACAGAAACAUCAACCGAGUCCAAGAACUGGAGGCUAGCAUCACAGAGCUGCAAAAUGCUGCAGCAUUACUGUCCCAGGAGAGGGAGGCUCAGGAUAAUGCAGAGCCUCAGCCCUCAGGGCCAUCAGAGAGUGAGGUGGCUCUGCAGGAGGCCCUCAGCGCUCUGCAACAGGAGAAAGACGCUCUUACUGCACAGUACCAGGCUCAGCUGCGAGAUAACGAGCAGCUGAGCCGCCUGUGUGCAGAGCAGGAGACGCGUCUGGGGGAGCUGGAGCGGCAGGUGGAGAGCCGAGUCCAGGAGGAAGAGGACCGCCGACGCAUGUUGGAGGAUGUUCAGUCAGACAAGGCUACUAUUAGCCGUGCUCUCACCCAGAACCGUACACUGAAGGACCAGCUGGCUGAGCUACAGAACGGUUUUGUCAAACUGACUAAUGAGAACAUGGAACUGACCACUGCCAUCCAGUCAGAGCAACAUGUGAAAAAGGAGCUGGCUCGCAGAAUGGGUGAACUGCAAGAGGAACUGCACAACGUCAAGGAGCAGAUGGAACUGAAAAGUACGGAGACUCAGGGUCUGAUGGAGCAGCGGGACCAAGUAGUGGCCCACCUGCAGCAGUAUUGUGCUGGGUACCAGGCCCUGGCCUCAGAAAGGGAGCAGCUCCACCACCAGUAUUUGCAACAGAUCCAGCUCAUGGAUCGGCUGCAGCACGAUGAAAGCCACGGCCGCGUGCAACUGGAGAUCAGUCACAAUCAGCUCAAACAAGCACAGGAGCAUUUGGAAAUCUUAAUCAGAGACAAUGAGCAGCUGAAGGCCGAGGUGAAGGAGCUUCUCAGCAGCUCAGCUCUUGCCCCAUCAUCCAGAGACCAAGGUGAUGGAGUGGAAAGCCAGUCCCUGCAAGAGAGUCCAAAGAAGUCCUUCUCCAUAGUUAUCCCAGAAGACUUUGAGAGCCAGAAGGAGAUGGAGGAGUUUAUCCGAGGAGCUUUGGCUCAGUUGGAGGCCGAGAGGGACGAGGCCAGAAGGCAACUCGAGGAAGAGCACAGGCUCCACAUGGCAGCCCGGCACCAGACCGCUGUGGCCCUCAGCCUUGAGCAGCAGCACCACAGCAACAAACCUGUUCAUGACCACCAUCAUGAGCAUCACGAGCACGAUCACACUCAGGGCCAACAUAGUCACUGUGAACACAGUCACGAGCAAUCAGAAGGAGGAGUUCCGGUGGAAGUUCAUCAGGCCCUGCAAGCUGCCAUGGAGAAGCUCCAGCAGCGUUUCACCUCCCUCAUGCAAGAGAAAGCUGACCUGAAGGAGAGGGUGGAGGAGCUGGAGCACCGCUGCAUCCAGCUGUCUGGAGAGACAGACACUAUAGGGGAGUACAUAGCUCUGUACCAGAGUCAGCGGGCCAUCAUGAAGCAGAAACACCACGAGAAGGAGCAAUACAUCAGCAUGCUGGCCCAGGACAAGGAGGAGAUGAAGGCGAAGCUGGCUGAGCUGCAGGAUCUGGUGAUGAGGCUGGUGGCCGAGAGGAAUGACUGGUACAGCCGCUACACCGGAGCUGUGGCCGGCACGGGCACAGUGAACCCUGAUCUGCUUCCUGUUGUGGAGGAUCACACACACCCAGAGCACCAAGCACACACACACACGGAGCUUAAUGCUGCCAGUGGAGCAGAAGCCAUGGAGGUCAUUCCUCUGUCAGAGCCCACCACAGGCCUGGAAGCCUCCCCAUCCCAGACGCUCGGGUUAGCCCAGGCUGACUCCAAGCCCCUGGUGCCCAAAGAGGAUGGCACAGCCCAGCAGAUCAUGCAGCUGCUCCAGGAGAUCCAGAAUCCCCAGGGAUCACUAAGAUCACCCCCCUUCCUCGGGGAGAACCCCUGCAUCCCCUUCUUCUACCGACCCGACGAACAGGACGAAGUCAAGAUCCUGGUGGUGUGAGGUGUGGGUGUGACAGAGGCUGGUGUAUUUGUGUGUGUGUAUGUGUGUGAGAUAUUGGACAUGUCUUGAAAUCUGGGGAAUAUUUAACACCACAGUUUACCAUAUUUGUACCUUAUUUAUCAGAUUCACAAACGCUUGCAAAACUGGUCAUAGAUUUGUGAAUGUCUUUGACCCAGUUACGUUAAAAAGCCCCCUCUCUGUUCCUUUGUUGGCACUAAUGUGUGUGUGGUUAAAAAGAAUAGUUUCUAUCUGUUGUUUUGUUUUGUCUUUUUUGAUGUUCUUAUUGUUUUUUUUGUCUAUGAUGCUUUUCUCAGAGGAGAGAUAAUUGGUAUUCCUUAACGCAAUCUGAUUAUUCUCCUUACCACAAUUUUUAAUUCCCAUCCUCCCAUCUCCCGUCUUACACAUAAGUGCAAUAAAGGGGCCGUAUAUUCUGCCCCCUCGCUGAAAAAGUACUUAAAGAGCUGUCAGAAAUUUGGAGCCUGUGUGCGUGCAACUUUAUUUUAGUGCAAAUCUCAGUUUUACAGAAUUCACUGUACAAAUGCCAAAAAAGAGCAUCACGUCUGAAUGUAGUAACCUGAAUAUUUACUCGUAUGUUUGUGUUAUGAAGAAAUGUGAGGAGAAGAGAUGAAGAGUGAGGUGUAAGUUACAGUCGGUAAAGAUCCUUAGUGCACAUAAUAGCUUUUGAAUAGGUGCUUUUUUGUUCCAGAAUCAAGAGCUAGCUAGUUACAUGAUCGGGUGCAGGAAGGUGGAGGCAGGUGUGGCAGAUCGGUUCUGUUCCUGCAACUACCUUUGCUCUACAUCGUCUUUUUCCUCCAAACACUGAAAAUACGUCGUAUGCUUGUACAGUGCAAAAUGUCAAUAUAUGUGAAACAUUUAUGUUGUGAUGUCGAACAUCCUGUUAGACUGAGAGUAUCACCACCGUGAAGAAAAGCUGGUUUCUAAGUCAUUUGGGGGAUAGAUGCAAUUUAAAGACCCCAUGAAGAAAAAAGUUCAGUUAUUAAGACAUUAUGCUCUCAUUAGCUGCUGAAACAGUGAAGAAGGGCACCGCCUGAUUCAGAUAAAUACAGCUCAGGGUGUGGUGCAAGGGGCUGCUUUCCACAUUAUUGUUUUCUGCGAGUUGUUCUACUUUAUCUUCGCCAUUAGUGUGAUGGAUACUAAGGUGGAGUUACAGGAAGUGUGGUGUUAAAAUCUCUAUCCGCACUCAUAAUUCAUCUCUCCUUUCCUGGGGCAUUUGGCUCAUCUCAUCACAAACUGCUCAUCCACAUCUCAGUUUCUGAGCAUGGGGUCUUUAAGUUUCUGAACGAAUCGACACUUUUAGUCAGAGCCUGUUCUGUUACGUUUGCUUGUAGUUCCACAUAUCAAAGAUGAAUUAAUGCACAUCCUUUACGAAUGGACUGUGUGAGUGUGUGUGAUGCGUGUGUGAAGUCCAGACCGUGUCCUCUUCGGCUGAAGUUGCAUCUGUUGUUCUUUUUUCUAGAGUUCUAUUAGAUUAUAUAAGUAUGAUUGCACUAAAACUGUACAAAGCAUCUCAUUCAGCUCUGUCCUCUACCAUAGAGCCUCAUAGGUGGGCUGAAUCACUUCUGUGGAGAAAAGGGGGAUCCUAUGAAGCCACUCGCUUAAGCUGAGGGUUCCAGUUCAAGCAAAUUAAAUCGAAAGUGUGUUUGUGUGUAUGUGCGUGCAGUGUUGCACUCAGAGGAUGAAGGAGGAAGGUGUGUAAAUAUGAACAGAAGGUGAAGUGAACGAGAUCGCUCCGUUGAAGAAGCCGUGAUGUAGUACCCAAAGUAGCGGGACCAAUCAGAACUUGAGAAAAUGAACAACUCUUUUCAAAACUGGAGAACAAAACAAGUAAAAUUUGGCACAUUCAUAUUUUGGAACUCUUGUCUUGGCUGCAACACUUGAAUUAGUAAAUCUCCUUUGGGCAUUAAAUACAAGAAAUUAGGUAGAACUGGACAGACUUCACCCUUUUCCUUUAAGACAUCACAGGUGUCAGGCUUUAAGAGAGAGAUGCUCAUAUUUAGAUUGGAGGAUGAAUUGAUUGAUACCUUCAGUGCAAAGCUCUUUCCCUUUACAGCUAAUAACUAAGAGCUACCCUGACACAGCUCAUUUUUCCAUUUCAGAUUAACUCAUGGCAGAGGCCUCUGUUUUGUGAGAAUCUUUCCAUGAUUUUAAUCUCGAAGGACAUGAGUUUCUCACUGUAAAUCGUACAAAACCCCCCACUGACUACUUUUGGGGGUAUUUAUACCUCUUAUUUGGAUGUGUUUUGAAUUUUAAGAUCCUAUUAUUAUUGAAUUUCACACUUCGUAUGUAUCACUAAAAGCAACAGGACAGAAACUGUGCAAAUUCUGGUAUUUUAAGCCUAUGAUAGGAAGUGAAAUGUAAUUAAAAUAUUAGGUAUGUGGAGGCCAUGUAUGUAGUUUUUUUUUUUUUUUUUUGUUACAGGGAACGUAAACGGCACAGCGUCUACCCUGAACCACAGCACUUUGUCAGGAAAUGCUGUGAUUUCUCUCAUUCUUGAGUUUUAAAAAUUCCUCGCUUCACAGCAUUCUGUCACUCUUUGGUUUCCUUUGAAACAUGCCACAAAGUAUCAUUUGCUUUGUUCCUUCAUUGUAUUUCUGGGAGUGGGCAAACGGUUAAAAGAGGUAAAUAUACAGUAAAAUCCUUUUAGUGUUGUUUCGGGGCUUGUAACAUAACAAAAAAGUGGAUUAAAUGACUUCCCACGCUUUCUAAUUCACUGUUAAAUAUGUUAUGCGUGAUUGAAACAAAUAGCGAUGGGAAAGCAUUUCUUGUCUUUACUGUAAAAGAGGUGGUGUAUAUACUGUAACUGUGUAAUAUAUUGUAUAUUCAUUAUGCCUGGUGUGUGGGGGAAAAGCUGCUCUGCCACCUUUACUGGCAGUUUGGACGGUGUGUAUGUUAGUUCAGAGUCGGGCGUUGGCGGUUACUGACUGGCUGUGAUUUAAUACAAAGAUUGACUAAAAAGAAAAUAUUCUAUUUAUUUGGAAUAAGUUAGUGUCUCAACUAAUCAGUUUUAAUGUAAAAUAGAAGUGAGUGUUGGAUGGAAAUGAAGGAUAAUUCAGAGAACUGAUUUGUUCGAGGGCUGCUUCUGACAGAAGCUUACUGAUUUUUUUUUUCCUUGAGUAAUA